AUGCUAUAUAAUGACACUCUUAAAUUGGGCACCAGUGGUGGCAAGAAAUGUUCUUCUGACACUUCCUCGCAAAUGACGGAAGCAGGCUCCAGAGUGCACGACGCAGGCUCCGGAAGGCCCAGCGCGGGCUCCGGAAGGCCUGUCUGGCCCAUCAGAAGGUCUAACACAGGCUUCCGGAGCCUGCGUCGGGCCUUCCGGAGCCCGCGUCAGGCUUUCCGGUGGGCCGGGCAGCCCAAAGAAGGCCUGAAGAAAGCCCGCAAGGCCCGAAGAAGGAAGCGGGGGGUGUCUCCAUCCUCCCGGGGGCCUCAACUGCGCCCCCAGAAUGAUUGCGCCACAGGAUUGGAGCGGAUCCACAUCCCGAUGGAAGAGGUUCGUGGUCGCUGUGUGCCUUCAAGUCGCUUGCGACUCGCACCCACUUUCAGGCACUGCUCCACACAUGUGUGUGUUCAGACUGUGGUCCACAUUGUGAAGUGUCGGUUCAGACUCAAGGGACGAAGCGGGAGAGAGCCAGAGCGGCCAAGCUUUCGCGCGCUUUUCUUCCCCCAACACCACUGGGGCCAAACGAGGCGCGUCGGGGCCGGUUUCCCCUCUCCUUCUCAGCCCUCCCCCCUUUUCCGCGAGCGUUAUUUUAUAGGGAAGGAGGGAAGGGAGGGGGGAAGGAGGCAGGGAGGGAGGGAAGAGGAGGAGGGGGUCGUCACGUCGCAACAGCAGCAGAAGCCCGCGGAGGGGCAGCCCCAGAGCCGCCUCCCCUGCCUCCUUCGCCCACUCCCCCUCCUCCUCCUGACUCCUCCUGACUCCUCUCCCCAAACACCCAACGAGCGCACUGGGCUCCCUCUGAGGGAGGGAAAGUCUCUCUCUCUCUCUCUCUGGCACUGGAGCCGGGGGAGGGGAGGGGAGGGGAGCGGCGGAGAGGAGAGCAGCCCGAGAGAGCCGGGCAGACGGGGACCAGGCUCGGACCCUCCUGAGAGCCAGAAAUCCAGAGGUAAUCAUUUGAUGUGGCAACUACACAAAAAGACCGGGGGCGGCAGCAGCAGCAGCAGCAGCAGCGAGCCAGCCAAGCCAAGCCAGCCAGCCAGACCUGCAGCUCGGGAAACCCUGCGAAGAAGGCACCGAGGACCUGCCAGGCUGCUUCCUCCCUCCUCCAGCGCCGCCGCCGCCGCCACCCCACCCCCAAAUCCGCAAGAUAGAUGCUGCCACCAUUUGGUUAAAAUAAGAAUUAAUUUUUUUAUAUAAAAAAAGAAUGAGCUCUGAUGUAUAAUCCAAAAGGAUCAGAAGGAAAGAGCUGGAUCUUCGCAUCUCCACGGCUAGCGACGCCACGACUUUCCUGUUAGUUCUUCUGGAAUGGGAUUCCCCUCCCUCUUUCCCUCCCUCUCCUCCUCCUCCUCUUCCUCGCUGGAAAUUGCUGUUGGCUUUACAUCUUAGAGGUUAAAGACUCUUUCCUUCAGCACGACGCAUUUGUCAAUGCAAAAUAGAGGCCUGUGGAAGGAAGGAAGGAAGGAUGCUUCACUCUCUUAACAGUUUGAGACACCUCAAUAGCUGGUUUUAUUUGCUGAUAUGAACAGAUGAACAAUUGGUCCACUGCUGCUAGAAAUUGCUUGCUUGAAAGGAGAGAGGGAGCAAAGAGAAAGAGAUUGAGAGAGAGAGAAAAAAGUUCGGAAUAAAACUUUGAAGGCAACUGAUCUCCUUGGGAUGUGUUUCAGAAGCACACACAAAUACCAACGCAAGUCACAGAGGCAUUGAAGGGAUGCAUCUUUUCAGACCAGCCUGGUGUCCUGGAGGAGGGAGUCUCUUUGCAGAAGCAACCAGGAUUCUAGCAAGGAGGGGGCAGGAAGAAGCCAACCCCCCAACCCAGCCGACUUCGGAUCACACGAGGGAAGCGAGUUGUUGUCUUUGGUUAUCUAGCUGUAUGAGUGUGUUGGUCUUCAUAAAGCUAGAUAACCGAAAGUAAAAACUCCUUCAUGAUCUUCAUGCUGCACAAAGAAGCCAGAGAGUCUCCAGCAAAGGACACUACAGAGCCAGCCGGGGCAGGAAUGCCCACUCCAAGAAUGGCCCUUUCCUGCAGCUCAAGCAGAGAGAGAAAGAAGGAAACUGAAUGACAUAUGUGGGUAUGCAUAUAUAAGCGUACAUAUCUAUAUGCACAUAUAUGCACAAGAUAACCAGGCACAGGAUGAUGCUGAGGAGUAAGCCCUGCGCGGCAAAGAGGAUGUGGUGCUCAUGGUAAACAAAUGCAUGUGCAAGUUUUUUGUUACUGUUCUGCGGGGAGGGGGUGGGAGGGAAGUGAAUGCUUGAAGGUGUGAUGUCGGUUGUUCUGAGCAUCCUACACAGAGCUGUUCAGAAGUAAGUUCUUUUGAGUUCAGUGAGGCUUACUCCUAGAGAGCUGUGUCCUGGAUGCCAGCCUUGGAUAGCAGGACGGGUCUGUGCAUGGAAACAUUCACCUCUGCCCUUUGGGGGCUUGGAUGUAACAAUUUAAAGUGUUUCUCUGUGUGUAUCCUUCAGCAACAGAGUGUGACAAACUCUUGCCUGGUAAGGUGUUAGGGAAUCUCAGCUGUUAGGCUCAAAAUGACCCUCAGUUGGGGUGAUUCCCCCAUACAUAUAGCAGAGUAUCAGAAGUCAACUUCAUAACCAGCAGAAACUUACCUGUAGUAAGCUGGGAUAAGCUUCCAUUCCUGAGGAUGGUUUAGAAUUGCAGAGUCAGAACUUUAGGUUCAAAAUAUUUAUUGAAACAAAAGAAAUACAUUCUAGAUAGAAAAGGUCUUGGAGCUACCCAGUGUCUAGCUUACUAAGUUUCAUCUUCUAAAGAGGUAAAAGGGUAAAAAGUUCAUGCAGCUAUAUUUUGCCUAGAGAUAAGCAAAAUGUGCAUCCUCACAGGUAGAUAGAAAAAAGCAGAAUAAUGGCGAAUGGCCACAUGGCCAGCUAAGGGCAAUAAACACUUUAAAAGGAAGUUGCCUCACAGAAUUCAAUUGCUACAUCAUGAAAGGGGGGUGGAGACAGUGGCUAGCAGGAGGGAAAACAUGCAUAAGCAUAUGGAAAGGAAUCCCUCAGCUUGGCCCUGUCUCUAGCCUAGCUACUCAUUGAGGACUGGAAACUUGAUGACACAAGAGACUUGUGCAGUUCAGGGAUGAAACCCAACAUUCAUGCCUUUCAAAGUUUUGGGGUAUUGAGAAUGUGAUUUCCAGGGGUCAGACCUGAAGGGCAUCAGAAGUGAGAGUAAAAUAAAAUAAAAUAAAUCUUUGCAUUGAAGAGUAAGGCUAGCUUAAUCAUGUUUAUCUGCUGAAGGUUUGGUGGAUUUUCACGACAUGGGGGCGGGAGGGGGAGGUGAUGAGUGAUGUAAAAAAAAAAAGCGGAGAGAGAGAAGUGGGGAGGAAAGGAAACCAGUUUUCUAUUCAAAAUGCAAGCAUAGAUGCUUCUCUGCUCCGAGAGGGUUUCCUUGAGGAAGCUACUGAAGCAGAAAGACGUGAUGGAGACGAGCCGGGCCUCCCCCUCGCUUGUCAAAAUGUUAGAAAAGCAGCCUGUGUCUUAUUCUGCGGGACUAGCAUUGGAAAUGAAAGUGACAUUUCCUUCCAAACCCACGUGCGCGCGCACCUCCUCGCUUCUUGUGUUUCAGGAUGAUCAGAUCUAUCCAGGAAACUGCUCUGGCAUCCCAAACAGAAAUAAUUAGGACGUAUAGAGAGGGAGAGCUGACCAGAGAGAGAAAGAGAGAGAGGGGGGAAGGAGGGGAGGAAAGGGGGUGGGCACAUCGGAGGGGUCUGGUCUUGCCUAAUUGAUUCCGUUAAACGGAAUGCCUGAGAUGUGAACGGCUGGACGCUCCCAUUCCCACGCUCGGGGCAAGUGGCGAUGCGAUGGCCCGGCAGCCUAUGACAGACAGCCCUGUUGGGGGUUGCCCUCGAAGAAGGGGAAGGGGGGCAGCCUCAAGUGCGCCACACCAGGCUCAUCUCCAUCCCUUAAGAAAGUGGAGGCAUUUCCCACCCACAGCCAUCUGCAGGCUCCCAAGUGGGCAUCCCAACUGUUCCUUGAGCUGCAGACUGUCUGCUUCUGUUAAUUCUGUAACCACAGUUUCAGCUACUCAUAAUAAUGAUAAUCAAAAAAAGGUUCCUUUGCUGCUGGGGACAGCCCAGCUCACAAAAGAGAAAGGCAAAGAACUGGGAAAUGUGGCUGUGCCUGUCUGAGACAAAUGGCUCAGGCCUGGCAUACAUAGCAGACAUACACACAAUGUUUAUAUAGAAGCUGCCAUUGUCAUUGUUCAGGGUGGUUGGUGUACUCUCUCCGUGUGUGCAAAAGUAAAAUUUAAAAGAGCUGGAUUUGAAAGUGCACUCUUUGUCCUAAGGAUGUUUUCUCCCCAUACCACAAAAAUAAGAAAACAAACAGUUCAACUCCUCCCUGAUUUAAGUCAACACCCCACUAAUACCUAGCUCUCAAAAGGGACAUACACUUAGUUCAGUAAGAUUUGUUCCUGAAUUUCCACAACAAUGUUAUCCCAGUACAUGGACUUGAUUUAAGGUCUCCCAGUGAGCUGGAUGCUAACAUGGAAUUAUAUAUAUAUAUAUACUUUGUGUGUGUGAGAGAGAAAGAGAUAAACAAGUUGCCAGGAAUGGAGUGCACUUUCCAUUUUGUAAAAUAAAAAAAACCCCACUCUAUGAAGGGUUACAAAUAAGAUAACCUAGGCCUGCAGGCAUAAAGGAUUUUGCAGGAGUCUAACUGCAUAGAGUUUGCUCUGAAUUUGGCUUGAAUUGUGGGAAGACUCUGUUUACUAAAGGGCUGGAUUUUCCACUGCUGUGCACGUGCCAGGGUUUACUACUGUAGUGGCCAAUGAACAGUCCCCUUGUUUAUUUCCCUUAGAAGUUCUGUUUGUGAGCCCAACCUUUCAUUGUUAAGGACCUUCUGCUUUUGCUUUACUGCAUGUCCAGUGGUGCUGUUUACCUAGAGCUAUUGUCUACUACAAUUAACAUUUACAUUACAAAGUGCAUGCCUUUCUUUCUCAAAGAGGUUCAAUUAAGGCAAUAAUCUGUUUUCUGGGGCAUUCUUUUGUUUAGUGCACAACAGUCAAUGGAGUGGACUUUCUUUUACUUUACCAAAUGAACUCUUGCUUAUAUUUUGAUCUCUUCUGUACAUUUAUUAAGGAAAGCACUUAAGGGUUUUCCCCCCCCCCCUUUCUGAUAUUAUACUUCUGUGUUAGCCAUUGUCACUUCAGAAUUGUUUUGUACCAUGCUAAUGUUACAUGAGUAUCAAUCAAUAAAAUGCAUUUCAAUGUUA